GAGAACUAGUGAGCUUUAAACUGAUACAAAGUUAAAAGAAUCUUGCAAAUAUUUUAUAAUAAUAAAUAUGAUUCUCAUUUUGAAAAAAUGGUUUCACUUAAUAGCGAUUAUUGCAUUAUUGGUCCUCGUUGCGAGUAUUCUCUUAGCAACAAACCACCAAAACGAACUUGACCUACAGCCUCAUUCAUUUUCCCUCCCUACAGAACGGUUACAGUUAGCCCAGCCGAAGUCAGUUUGUGAAGGGAGUUGGGACUCGACUAACAACGUGUGGAUCAUAGAAACUCAGAGAAGGGACUCGAUUGCCCCCAUUGACCAGUGUACAUUGGAGAGCUACGCCAGUAAAAUGCCAGAUGUUUGCAUUAGAUUGCUUCAUCUUGACAGUAAAAGCAGUUUGGAGAAAAUCAAAAGUGAUUUAAGUCGAGUUUUAGCACCGAAUUUCCAAAACAUCGAAAUUGUUCAAAUGGAUGUCGAGGAUCUUUUCAAAGACACACCUGUGAUUAACUUGAUCCCCAUGAUUAACUCAGCGCACUUCAAGUUUGUUCAUAUGAGUGAUGUCGCCAGAUUAGCUGUUAUUUACAAAUUUGGAGGAAUUUACUCAGACGCCGAUGUAAUUUUGCGUCGAAAGCCUGAUUUUGGAGCAAAAUUUUAUACACAGAGCGGGGCUUCUUCGUUGCUUAUCAACGCUGCUUUCGCUUCCCCGAAACACGAUCACGUGAUCUACCAAACACUUGUGUCCUUGAAUGCCACUUACAGUCCAAAGGGAUACACAGUUAUGUAUGAGCACGAGAAAGUGACUAAGCGACACUGCAUUUCGUCGUGUGGAACGAAAAAGGAGUUCAAUCAAAAUAAAACCAGCUUCAUGUGCUGCGACUUAAAAAUAGUUGCUAGCGGUGAAGGUCAGUGCGGAAGAAACUGGCCGAUUGAAGUUUCAGAAAAGCAAAACUGUACAUUCUACCAUUAUUCUCGCUCAUACAACUGUCUACACAAAGAGCGAAAGAUAGAGUACAAUUUUGACCUGCUAUCUUCAAAAGAUGAUCUGGCCAAAGUAGCCAGAGAAAACUGUCCACUAGUCGUGCAGACCUUCCGAUCCUUCAAUAUUACAUGCAAUAAGUGAAA